UGGAAAGAAGUAACACUGAGAGGAAAUCAAGUCUCCGCAGACACGCACAUUCAGCGCUGGAUAGAUACGCCGAGAGAAUACCGUGGCCUCAACAUUAUUUUUCGCUAGCGUAAAGGAUGGUCACGUGAUCGUACGUGAUUGCUGUUUCGUGUGUGCUCAGCAGGCGUUUGCGUAGCGUCGGAACGUGGACACCGAGAGUUCGUUUCUGCAUUCGGGGCCACCGCUUGAGGAAAGGGGUCUCCUUACAGCGACAAAGAAGAGUGGUUCUCAGUAGCAGGUCGAGACGUGUUCAUCGGGACAAGACGUGUUCGAGCCUGAGCAAUGAAGGUGGAAGUGGCCAGCAAGCGCAAGAGCAUCCUGGGCGAGGGACCUCACUGGGACGAGCGUAGCGGCACCCUGCUUUAUGACGACGCCCGUGGCCCAGUGGUGCUCCGCUAUGACCCGAAGACCAAGACCGACACCGAGAUUCUUAAGCUAGACCACGAGAUCGGCAACAUGAUCCCGUACGCCGAGGACAACCGCAAGCUGGUUGUGUGCAUGGGCAACGGCGUCUACAAUGUGGACUUGCACGCCAACAAGACCACGUUGCUGACCGAGAUGCUGGACAAGGACGCCCCCGGCCCCACGCGCAUCAACGACGGCAAGUGUGACGCCAUGGGUCGACUCUGGGCAGGUACGAUGCCUACAAAGGUCGACCUCAAGGGAAUGGUGCAAGGCAAGAAUAACCUCUGGUCUUUCUCCAACGGAGAAUUGAAGCACAAGCUGGACAAGGUAUCCCUCUCCAACGGAAUCACCUGGACGGUUGACAACAAGACCAUGUUCUACAACGACUCUGUGCCCGGAAAGCUGCUCGCUUUUGACUUCGACCUCAUAUCAGGGGAUAUCACUAACCGCCGCGUUCUGGCCGAGUUCAGGGUGUCCCCCGGCUACGAGAAGCUGGGCUACCCCGACGGCAUGACCACCGACGUCAACAACAAACUCUGGAUUGCCUGCUUCGAUGCCGGCGCUGUGGUGCAGGUCGACCCUGAGACCGCUAAGAUCCUCACCAAGAUCGACUUUCCGGCCAAGUUCACCACGUCAUGUUGCUUCGGGGGCAAGAACUACGACACGCUCUACGUCACUUCCGCCAGUUUCCCGCCCGAGGCCACGAAACCCGAAGACGGGCUGCUCUUUCAAGUGACCGAGCUCGGGGUGAAAGGGAAAGCGGCGUUUGAAUUCGCCGGCUAGCCUGCGGCGCUGCGGCAAAACAAGCUCAACAUAACGCAAA